ACCUCGGCUGGACAGCUCGCCCUGCUCGCUCUGGGUAUUGUGUUGGCUGUGUGCCAAGCCCUGGAAAACAGCACGUCCCCCCUGAGCGCAGAACCGCCUGUGGCCGCAGCAGUGGUAUCACAUUUUAACGAAUGUCCAGAUUCCCACACUCAGUUCUGCUUCCAUGGAACCUGCAGGUUUUUGGUGCAGGAGGACAAGCCAGCAUGUGUCUGCCAUUCUGGGUACGUCGGUGCACGCUGUGAGCACGCAGACCUCCUGGCCGUGGUGGCCGCCAGUCAGAAGAAACAGGCCAUCACUGCCUUGGUGGUGGUCUCCAUUGUGGCCCUGGCUGUCCUCAUCAUUGCAUGUGUGCUGAUACACUGCUGCCAGGUCCGAAAGCACUGUGAGUGGUGCCGCGCUCUCGUCUGCAGGCAUGAGAAGCCCAGCGCCCUCCUGAAGGGAAGAACCUCCUGCUGCCACUCAGAAACAGUGGUCUGAAGAACCAGAAGAAUUUGGCCAGGUAGACUGUGGCAACCAAUGAAGAAAGGCCUUCUUUAGGACAGCACCUCCAGGGAUGCCCAGGAUGGGCUGGCAGACCAUUCCUCAGUUGUCCACCUUCGCCUUGCAGCAUUUUGUUUUCAGUGGGUCUUCACAACUUUGUCAGAACUUUGUCUGCUUGGGGUUAUUUGGUGCGCCCUAUAGAAGACGUCAGUGGACCACAAUUUAAAGACUGGUGGAACAAGAAUUGCAAAGGGGUGGCCUUCCUGUUUACCUACGUCAGUUUGUGUGGGUCAGGCAGUAUUUGAGUCCGGGUGUGUGCCAUUGUUUCCUGCCAGCCAUGGAUCCAGGCUGUAUUUCUUCUUGAUGGGCCACCUCCCCACAACAGAAUCCUGCCUAACACCGGAGAUUCUAUAUUUGUUGCUGUUUUAUCUCAUUUGUUUCUUGGUGUUGGAAGAAAAGAAAGAAAAAUGGCUUAUUGUUACAUGAAGUCAUCGAGUCUUCUGUCUUCUGACCAUCACUGUCAACCAGUUUGACAUCUUCCAUGGACACAUGAUACUGAAGACUUUCUUAAGUUGUUGCCACCCUCAAGGACAAUUUCUUAUUUAUUAGAUGGAUAAUGGUUUUAUUUUUAAUCUUUUAAGUCAAUGUAUAAAGCACACCCCCCUUCAGACCUAUACAUUAAUGAUGUAUGUAUUGCUGGCUAAAAAGUUAGCAGAUUAGAAACGACUGGCCUCUGUGACAGCUAAGACCAGAGGCUAUGGAAAUGGAACCAGAGGAUGAUUUGGAUAGGAGCCAGGAUCAGGGCUCAGAGGUCAUGUCAUCAAAAACACAAAGAGGUAAAUGCCCUGAUGCAUUCUGCUAGAAAAUUUAGUAGCUCCAGCAGCAGGGGUCUGGCCCCAUGGGGGAGAGAGAACAAGAGUGCUCACAUGUGUGGCACAGGUAAACAUAACACAUACUCUACUGCUUGGUAACUACAUGGAUUAACUUCCUUGUGAGCCCAGUGUGGGCAUUAGCAACCACCCAUGGGCAUUUCAGGCCGAAUCCAUGAAAGGGGACCAAUUCUUUAUUUUCCAUUUUGUUGCUUGGUCGGUUUAUUGCUUUAUUUUUAAAGAAGAAAUUUAACUU